CUGAGCUGCGGGAGGAAAGGAGGAGGAGAGAGAGAAGUUGCCUGGUUUGAAAGCAGGCGAUCUGAACUGAGUUGCAAGUUUGUGAGCGGGCUGCCGGAGGAAUAACUCGGAGUCCGGUCUCGGCACACCUCGGUGUUCUGGAUAUUUACCUCCAGUGCAGAAGAAUGGCGAGAGAUUACGCAGCGCGCUGCCCGCGCUCUCCGGGGCGGAACGCCUGGAUGGUGGCAGCGGUGAUCAUUCUGGCUGCUCAAGGUGGUGUUGCUCAGAAAGUGCGAGUGGAGGAAGAGUUGGAGGCGUAUCCCACAGAAUCUGUCGAUUUGCGCUGUGAAUUCGUCGAUGGAGGGAGUUUAACCAAGCUCACACAGGUGUCGUGGAUAUGGGAACCUGUUGAUGGCCAAAGGGACAACAUUGCCGUGUACCACCCAACCUAUGGGCAGAGUUUUCCCAAUGUGGCCUUUAAGGAUCGAGUUAUUUUUCUCCAAAACAAUCUGAGGAUCCCGUCCAUAAGGAUUAAAGACCUGCGCAUGUCCGAUGCUGGGCGCUACACCUGUGAGUACGCUACGUACCCGUCUGGAAACGAGCAGGGAACCACCACGCUCAUAAUGCUCGCCAAGCCCAAGAACUCGGCCAAAGCCGUGACGGUCCAGGCUGGCAGCAAGUCGGUGAUGGUGGCCCACUGCGAGGCGGCGGACGGGAAACCGUCCGCCACCAUCAAGUGGCUGGCGUCGGUUGGUGGCAACCACUCAACCACCUCCACGAACGGGCCGGACGGCACAGUGACGGUUCGGAGUGAGUACAGGCUGGUCCCGACAGCGGAGGACAACGGCAGAGAGGUGACCUGUCUGGUCGACCAGAAGACCCAGGACCGGCCGUGGACUGAGGUUCUGAAGCUCUCAGUGGAGUACCCUCCCACCGUCACCAUCGACGGCUACGACCACAACUGGUACGUUGGUCGCUCUGACGCGGUUCUGUUCUGCCAUGCCACGGCCAACCCUGAGCCCACCACCAUCACCUGGACAACGGCUUCGGGUUCGCUGCCAGACACGGUGGUGGUGGAGCAAAACAAGCUGACGGUGAGGAAGGUGGACGAUGCCGUCAACACUACCUUCACCUGCGAGGUCAAGAACAAGCACGGCGCCAGCAGAAAAACGCUCACCACGUUCGUCAUCGAAGAGAAACGGGAGCCUGUCCAGGAGCAGCAGACAGGCGCUCUGGUCGGAGGCGUCCUCGGCACCCUCAUCUUCAUCGGGAUCAUCAUCGGCAUCGUCUUCCUCAUAAGGAAGUACCAGCAGGACACGGAGGGUCCUCCGAAGCACAAGCCUCCUCCUCCGGUAAAGGCAGGCAGCUCAACGGAGAUGCUGAACAAGCCGUCAGAGCCGCCCACAGCCACAGAGACUGUGCCUCUGAGCCCAGGAGAGGUUUACUACGAGCCCACAGGGGGAGAGCCUGCCACAAUGCUGGAUGAAGAAGCCACCGACGCCCUGAACGGCGGAGCCCCUCCGGUCCUGAACAAGGAUGGCUCUGAUGGUCACCAUGGCAACGACUCAUCCAAUCACGGGCCCUUGUCUGGCAACAUUCCUCGUGGCGAGAGCUUCGUAUCGACCCCCAUGUAUGUGUAGCCGUAGCAACGAAGCCACAACAGAGGCACACGGGAAAGUUUCAGGUCACCUAAAUUAGAAAGAAAAACAAAGGGAGAGGCCAUGACACCUGUUUCUGCUUUUCAUUGUAAACUUAACCUCUAAAGUUUUAAAGUAAUCUGCUCACGGAUGGUUUUCGAUUUCAUUUCCUGCGUUCACAUUUCCUUUUUGUGUUCACAUCAAAGCUAAAGCUUGUAACUUGGGAUGGCUAACAAAGUAUCAAGCCUAUAUUUUCCUUUUCCAAUUUUCUUUCUUUAAACACUUGUUAAAUUCAGUUAAAGUUUCUAUCUUCUCAAGCCAGGAAGCCUUUGAAAUCAUAUGUGUUGUUGCAUAAGAUGAGGCGGGCUUUAAAACCGCAGGCAGAGCCGUUGUAUAGAUGAACCAGAGCUCUGAUUGGUUACUAAUUAAAAUCCACAUUUCCACCCAAAAGCAGUCAGAAAACCGCCUUUUACUGGGAUUUAAUAUGAAAUGUUUUAUGCAACGUUUUGUGCCAUGACGUUUAACAUCAUGAAAUUGUUAUUAAAGUGUGAAAGGGAGGCUGCUGAGCCUCAGCUUGUCUGUUUACAGCCAUGGGACAUAAUUUAAACAUUUUUUUUCUCUCAAAACAAGAUUGUAACAAAAAAAAACACCAUAAGAAAAUUCAGAACAUAACAACUUCCAUAUUCCGGUGUGAGAAACACACCAGUGAAGAAACAAUACUACCAGAAUGGAUUCACACCUUUUUUGUUGUUUUUUUCACAUUUUUCUAACAGAAAAUCAAUAAACAUCCUUCAUAACAAAGUGAAAACAUGUUUUCAGACAUUUUGGAGUGUUUUAAAAAUGUAAACAUAACACUCAUGGUUUAAUACUUUGCCUAAGUAACUUUGGCAUCAAUCGAAGCCUUAAGUUUUGUUUGGAUCUUUUCAGAGAAUCUGAAAUCUGCUUUCCUGGCUGCCUGCUCGGGUCACUGCCGUUUUGGAAGCUGAAUUCUCACCAGAGACUCCAAAACAAUCUUUGUGUUUGGUGUCUCACCCCGGUGCAAAGCAGUUUCCCGGUUUCUGCUGCAGAAAAACAACCACAAUGUUUACAGACAAAUCUUUGAACGUUUGAUUUAAUAUGAACUGCUAAGUCUGAGAUCUUAAGUAGAUAAAUGUAUAACAUCCAAAUCAUCUUCAGUCAACUGAAUUUAUCAGAGUUGGACUCUAAUUAAUCUGCAGAAAGCUCUCAAGGUGGCUCCAUUCUGCGUGAAAUAGCAAUGGGAGGGUGUACUUAUGUACCUCUGACUGAAAAUCAUGUUUUCAGUUUGUUGGUAUGGAGAAUUUUCACUGUUUUUCUUUUAAAUAAAACUAUGUAACCUUUCAACAAGUCUCUAAUAUAUGUGGAAAAGUGAAUUUCCUGGUGACAUUGUUGUCUGAGCAGCAAAGCCUUCGUUAACGUGAACAAAGGAGACGAGGCAUAAUUCGAAGCUGUAACCUGGCAACAUCACAUAAUUAAGAUGCCGUGAUCCGUAUUGGUUGUGUUAAUUGCAAAAUCUGGUGAGGCUACAGCUGCGUAAAUCAGCUUAUAGCAAUACACAACCUGGGAGUUCAUAAAGAUUCACAAACUGUCACACAAACACACAUUCCUCCUUUCAGAAAUCACAGUUUUUAAUUAUUCAAAAAAUAUAUAUAGACUGUGUCAUAAUGUGUCAAAUCUGAGCAUAUGUUAGAGAAAAACUGCCAUUAAAACCAUUUCAACCAUUUGAAAUGAUAACCUAUUCUGAUAUAUGCAGAACAUUUUGCUUUUUAGCUAAUAAGGGAGAAAUAUAAUCUCACCUCAUCCUGCUGUAUGUCCUCUGGCUGAAACUGAAAUUGGUCAACACAGAUGUCAAACGGUACCAAAUGAUAAAAGUUGUAAAUAGCAUUGAUAAUAUUGAUUUAUAAUAUAUUGUUGGUGACAUGUGUAUACAUCAAAUAAACAGGUGUAGGUGUUAUUAGUGCCUCUGUACAGGGGAUGGAAGUCAGCUAAACGUCAAACGAGCGACUAAAAAAACAAAAUGUAUAUUACUAUUUUGCUUUUCACAAGUCCAUUAAAGUUGUCACUUAAUACGAAGAUGUUUUGAGUAUAAAAAAAAUAAAUGGUGUGGAUUUUAUUCCUUGUUCAUAUUGCUCUGCAUGGCAUGAUCAGUGGCUUGUAGAAACACUUUCCCGAGGCUGUUUGCCCAAAAGAAAUCUUCAUCAUUUGUAAAAGCAUUUCUGAAUAUUGGAAAAGAACGCUGCUUUUCUUUUUGUUGUUUUUUUUACAAUCUGUGUCUCGAUGCAUCUGUCAUAAUCGUGCACACCACAAGCUUAAAUCUAAUUUAAGGCGUGUGUUCUUUUGUGUUGUGACAGCUCCCCAGGCUGCCUGUGUUUGUCUUCAGCACAAAUCCAAACAUACAGUAGACACUGAAUUUCUCUCAGCCACAGAGUGCAACACACACAUAAAUGCAGUUUGUUUGUUUGUUUGUUUGUUUCUUCCCUUACCAUGCUUUAUCUUCAUUGAGCCACACAAAUUGUCCUGAGUUCAUCAUGUCAGCUGUCAGAAAACAGGUUGGAGUUGACCAUCUCAGCUCCAACCACCUACAACACAAAGGAGGUGGAUAAACUGCAGAUUUCUAGAGCUGGUCAAUGCGUGGAAAAGCUGAGUGAACAAUGAGAUAAAUAAUCUUAUAUUUUCUGAACCGUAGGCACCUAAUACACUUAUUUCCUGACGUAAGGGAAUAAAACUUACAGUAUCUGUAUUUAGUCAGUAUCUUUCCUGCUGUUGAACGUCCAAUGUGACCAUAAUGUAAAAAAUCAUUAAGAAAUUCUCACUGAGGAAGCUACACUGCAAAAACACAUUUGACCAAGUAUUUUUGGUCUAGUUUCUAGUGCAAAUAUCUUAUUACACUUGAAAUA